CACUGUAGUGGUGCUAUGGAUUGUUAUUGCAAAAAUACUGAGCUAGCCUUUCCUUCAAAGUUUCUAAUCAGAGUUUUGUUACACUCUGUUUCGAACGGGUGUGGAUCUCCCUCUACAACUUUUGAUUCCCUAGAAAUCUUUGGAAAUUUUUGUUUUGAGAAAUACUACCAUGGAGAAAGUAUAGCAGUCAAUGUGUUGGUGGAUAAUAAUACGAGUAAAUCGGUUAAAAAAGUGAAGAUUUCUGUUCGCCAGUUUGCUGAUAUUUGUUUGUUUUCAACUGCACAGUAUAAAUGUAGUGUUGCGGAAAUAGACAGCGAGGAAAGCUUUCCUAUUCAACCUAGUCAGAUUGGGUUUUGCAAAGUAUAUUAUUUGACUCCAUUGUUGUCCAAUAAUCGAGACAAAAGGGGUCUAGCUUUAGACGGCAAACUCAAGCACGAGGACACGAAUCUUGCGAGCUCCACAAUUAUGACAGAAUCUAGUCAAAAAGAGAACUUAGGCAUUGUUGUGUCAUAUAAAGUUAAAGUACGGCUUAUCCUCGGGUUUGGAUCAGGGGACCUGUGUGUGGAGUUACCCUUUACUUUGACUCACCCUAAACCUGUGGAAUCCCCUCCCCCGUCCCGUCCUAUCAGUGUGGUCCCCAAAGACGGAGAUAACGUACCAGUGGACACCGACCUCACACAGUUAGAGACCAAUGGAGUGGAGCCUGACAAAGAUGAUGACUUCAUUUUUGAAGACUUUGCAAGACUAAGAUUAAAAGGUCAUGAUGGAGAUGACACAGAAGCUUGAGUUGACCUUUGAACCUUUGUAUAACAAAUCAGUAACUUUAAGAAUCUUAUCGCAAGUAUCGCAUUACCAAUGUGUUAAACCUUUCAGGAUUAAAAUGAAGAUAUUAAAAAGGGAAAGUUUCUCAGAAUUCUCACAGUGUUAAAAAAAACACAGUAUACUGCAAAGUACAUUGGGUGUUUUAGGUGUUGUCAUAGUAACAAAAUGUGAAGUUUAUAUACAAUGUAUAUUUUUAUUGUAAUUAAAACCUGAUCUUUUUUUUUGCUGAAGAAUCUUUGAUAUACUUGUGUAACACUAUACAAAGUGUAUGUCACUUCGGGAAACAAUAUUCCUAGUGAGCAAAUGAUGAAAGUCUGGAGAACAUAUUACAGCUAUAACAGGUAUACAAGGCCGUCUUGCUCUGGUGCUUUUCACUUCCGUUUUCUGUGUGUAUAGGCAGGUAUUUGUACCAUUAGAACACUCAAUGUCAGUCGGAGAAUGUCUUAGUAUUAUAUAUUUAUUACAGAAUCAUAGUGCUUUUAUAUUUAAAGAAUUAGAAAAUUGGCAUAAUCUAUCCAUUUUCUGUAAUUACAUUUUAUGUAUUGUUUUCAUUUUUUAAAAUCAUUGUGCUUAAAGAGGAAAAGAAUUAUAUAUACAGUGCAUAGUUAUAUAUAUAUUUUCUGAAUGUGCACUUAUUGAAGAUGUGCAUUAUGCAAAACUGAUAAAAUCAUUUGUGUUUUAAAACAUUUCUUUUUUUAUAUAAUGUAAAUCCCCCUCAGAAGUUUUGUAUUAGUUAAAAGCAAUGCCAUAUGAUACAUAGUCAUAUUCUAUGUAAGGGAAUUAAAUGAUACAGUUUCCAAAAAAAAAUAAAUAAUUCUUUCAUAUAUUAAAUUUUUUUUUAAAACAAGUCCAUGAUAGGAAAUUUUGUUUUAUCAAAACAAGCACUAAUAUGAUGUUUAUGAGGAUACUUUUAAAUGCUUACAAUUUUCUUACUACUUAUGAAUCUCUACAUUUUUCUUGGAACAUACUUGUAUCUAAAAUAAAAUUCUGUAGAAACAUUGCUGGAUAUGAUCAGGGAUAGGGUGGUGAUUUAUUUUAAAUACUCGAGCAUCAAUACGGGACUAGUGUAGAGCUGUGUAUAGACAAUGUAGAGAGAGUUAGCAAACAUUUUAAACCACAUAUAUACAACAUUGUGUGAAACCUUUGUGUGGGUACGUUUUGUCAGAUUUUUAAGAUACUAUGCUUUAUAUAUAUAUAAAAUUACAUGUGACUUUUUGUAUUAAAAAAAGCUAUGUUUCAGUUUCGUGUCUCUGUAAAUAUAGAAGUUUUUUUUUCCCAAACCUAAGUAAACUAAAACAAUGCAGUAUUCAGCAUUGGCAGAGCGAGCAGAACUUCCUAGGUUGUCCACCAACAUGUAAAGGCCUAUCCAUGCAUAUUAUGUACAAAACUAUAUCUAUAUGCUUUGUUGUUGUUCAGUAGUCCUGAAAUUUUAAUCAUUUGUAUUGUUAAGUAAAUAUUUGAAAUGCAUAAA